AUGUGGACCUUCUUACUUAACAGAAAUUCUUUGACACUUGCUAGGAAAACGCCAUCUAUCAAUGAUACCCAGUUCCACCCACCCAUCUUUAUCCUGCUAGGGAUACCAGGACUGCAGACUGCACAUAUCUGGAUUACUAUACCAUUCUGCAUCGUGUACCUGACAUCCCUUGUGGGCAGCAUCACGAUUCUUUUUGUGAUCAAGACUGAACACAGCCUCCAUCAGCCCAUGUUCUACUUCCUGGUCAUGUUGUCUCUGAUUGGUCUGGGCCUAUCCACAUCCACCAUCCCCAAAAUGCUGGGCAUCUUAUGGUUCAGUCUCCAGGAGAUCAGCUUUGGGGGCUGCCUUGUUCAGUUCUUCAUCCACAUGUUUACAGGCAUGGAGACAGUGCUACUGGUGCUCAUGGCUUAUGAUUGCUUUGUUGCCAUUGGCAACCCACCCCCGUAUACAAUGAUCCUCACAAAUAAAACCAUCAGCAUCCUCAUCUCUGUUGUUGGAAGAGAUAUAAUUCUAGUGACCUCAUUUGUGUUUCUCAUGCUUCAACUACCUUUCUGUGGGCAUCACCUCAUGCUUCACACCUACUGUGAGCACAUGGGUCUUGCCCAGUUGGCCUGGGCACCCAUAAAAGUGAACAUAAUCUAUGGGCUCAUGGUGAUUUCUAACAUCAUGGUGGAUUUGAUCCUGAUCACCUCUUCCUAUAUAUUUACCCUUCAAGCUGUUUUCCUCCUUCCAUCUCAAGAUGCUAUGCUGAGAGCUCUCAAUACUUGUGGUUCCUCUGUCUGUGCCAUGCUGUGCUAUUACACACUAGCAUAUUUUUCAUUUAUGACACACCGCUUUGGCAAAAAUACUCCACGUUAUAUUCAUAUUCUUUGGGCUAAUUUACACAUGGUUGUCCCACCUGCCCUUAACCCCACUAUUUAUGGAGUCAGAACCAAGCAGAUCCAAGAACGGGUUGUAAAGACAUUUAUGCAAAAAGAAUAA